UUGUUUAAAACUGUUUCUCUAUAGGAAAGUUCGAACGUUUCUGACACUUGACUGUUUGGGUUAGAUUGUUUUGUAAGAAAAUUUACUUGACAGGGAAGUCAGUAUAUUGAGAUAAAAAAUGCAAUUUUUUAUAGUCUGUCACGUGAUUAUAACAGCAUCUAACUUAUAAUUUAAUUUUAAUUUCCAAAUAAUUAAUUGGAAAAUGGCUACAAAAAAAAAAAGUACAGCAAGCAGUAGAAUAUGGUUUACCAAUAAUUUUGAAAGGUAUCUUUCUUUAAUAUCAGUGGCUUGCGUUUUUUGUGGAGUUGUUUGUAACGUAGCAACGCAAAGUGAACAAAAAAUUACUUCUAUUAGACAACAACCAGAUUUAAAUAGUGUCGCAACUGAUUUAAAAUACAACUUUGUACAUUCUGGAGAUAGUGACUUUACAAGUGGAAGUUUAUUUGAAGGAAGUGCAACAGAGUAUGAAAAUGAUGAAGAAAUUUCUGGAGAGGAUAAUUCGAGUAUUGUUGACAGUAUUGUAAAAAAAUUACACAACAAAAAAACAAUGGGAGACGCACUUCAAGUAGCAAAAGACCAUAAAAACGAUUCAUCAUUUUUUGAACUAAUGAAUAUGUUCAAUAAAAACAAUCAAAACUUAAAUGUUUCUUAUGGAGAUAAUUUUAUUAGUAAGGGCAUGAAAAAUGAAUCCAUUGCCAAUGAUAUGAAAAACAAUUCUAUCGCUAACUACAUAAAAAACAAUUCGCAAAUCAGUUCUGCAAAGUUGACUUCUGAUGUUGUAAAACCAAACAAUUUUCAUCUUACCUUUGACGAAUAUUCAGGAAAAUAUGAUGAAGAAAACAACGGGUAUAAAAGGAAUAAAACACCGUCUAAACAUAUGCUUGAUAAGCACGUGGUUAAGAAAAAAAAAGAUGUUUCAAAUACACGCGUCAAGCAUAAAAAUGAUUUCAAGAUUAAUAAUAUUAUAGAAACAAUUUUAAAAACCACUAAAAAUAUUGAAGAUAAGUUAUCUGUCGCUAAAAAUCAAUUUGCCGGAGAUAAAGUAUCACUCACGAGGUCUCAGACUCACGGUGCUAAAAAUUUUCCCAUCGCAGAAACAAACCGUGUACGUGACGGAGGAUUUUUACCUCCUAUAACAAAAAAAAAAGUUGAAGAUACAAUUCCGGUUUUUGAAGAAAAUUAUCAUGCUUCGGGUGUCCUUAUUCUCCCUCAUAGUAAUAUUGCUGAACCUUUUGAAAUUUGGUAUGCGCCCAGUAAAAAAAAAAGUCGCAUAGAUUAUUAUUACGGUACCGAUAAAACUUUUCAACGUGGUGAUUUGGGUGAUCACGGUAUUGCCUACAAGUAUGUGCCUAUGUAUACAGAUGGACGCGGAAGCUUUGACGGAUGUUGGUUAUUAACCGGCACUACAAAUCAGCCAAUUAUUCCUCAAAUAAUAACACCUAAUAUGACAUGGUUUACUUAUAACUCAACAACAGUAUAUACGGGUACCUUAGCAACUAAAUGGACAUAUGAAUACUUUGCAUUUGGAAUGAGAAAUCAUCAAACAGUAUGGGUAACAAAAUCAAAACCUCAUAGACCUAUCCGAUAUGAAAUGAUUGGGUACGAUAUGAUGCUGGGGUCCUACUACGACCAUUACGUAAUAAGCUAUAUUACUUUUGAUAAAUGGGAUGGAAAAGAAGACAUAUUUAAUCUUCCAAAUGAUCUAAGUUGUUACAAUUGGAGUCGUUCGUUAGAGUCAUCUUUGCUAAGCAACCCCAUGCAGGAAUUUGCUGUUUUUACUCCAGAAAAAGCCAUCGAUAUCCAGGAAAGAUACAGUGCGUAUAAAUCAGAACAAAAUAAAGCAAAUGCGUCUAUACUAGAGGAAAGAAAAAGAACACACAUAUUUAAGCAUAAUGCAAGAUUUGUUAACUCACACAACAGAAAAAAUACUCAGUUUAAGUUGAGACCCAACCACUUUAUCGACAUGUCUGCCGAAGAAUUGAAUAUGUUUCAUGGAAAUCUUGCCAAAGAUACAAAAAAACAUAAAGGAAUUAUAAACAUGGCUGACUUUCCUGAUAGCAAAAGCAAUAUUUAUAACAAAGCAGAUAUUGAUAAAAAACCUUUUGUUCAAGUUAAUGAAGAUGAAAUCCCUGAAGAAAUAGAUUGGAGAGAAUUCGGCGCGGUAACAAGUGUAAAAGGCCAAGGUAUAUGCAGUGGAUGUUAUGCUUUCACUGCCGCUGGUGCUGCUGAAGGAGGCUGGUUUCGAAAGACUGGUAAAUUAAUUGAAGUGUCGUCACAACAAUUAGUUGACUGUAGUUGGGGAUACGGUAAUCACGGUUGCAAAGGCGGACAUUAUGCGUCCGCAUUAAGUUGGAUAUUUACUCACGGAGUAUCAACUGAUAAAAGCUAUGGAAAAUAUUUAGGACAGGAGGGAUACUGUCACUUUAAUGAUACCCUUUUUGGGGCACAGAUUGAUGGGUUUUCAUACAUUCAACCUUACAAUAUAAGUGCAUUAAAAAGAGUGGUCGCAAAGUAUGGACCUGUAGCUGUUUCAAUCAAUACUAAACCUUUAUCCUUCAAAUUCUAUAGUAAAGGAAUAUAUGAUGACAAGGAAUGCCUUUCAAACCAAACACAUCAUUCAGCAUUAAUUGUAGGCUACGGAAAACUAAAUGGCAGAGAAUAUUGGAUUAUAAAGAACUCGUGGUCUAGCAGUUGGGGAGAAGGUGGUUAUAUGAAAUUAGCAAUGGAAAACCAUUUGUGCGGUGUAACAGAGAAUCCUGUCGCGGUAGUCAUAAAAAACCCCCAGUUUCAAAUUCCUAUGAAAAGUAAGCUGACUAAAGAAGAUUUCACAAAAAUCAUAGAAGACCGAAAAAAAAUAAGUGAAAAUAAAGAAGUUCCACAAAACAAAAAAGAAGUUGAUCAAGAGAAGAAGUUAUCAAAUAAAGAAGUUCCACAAAACAAAAAAGAAGUUGAUCAAGAGAAGAAGUUAUCAAAUAAAGAAGUUCCACAAAACAAAAAAGAAGUUAAUCAAGAAAAAAAGUUAUCAAAUGAAAGCUCAACUUUGUUACAAGAUAAUUCAAAAAUAAACAACUCAAUGUCAUUCUCGUACAAUGAAAUUCAAAAAAACUUACACGAAAUUAAAAACAAUGAGAAAGUUUUGGAUAACAAAAUUUAUAAAGCUAAUCAAUCUGCAUUUGAACCUACUCAAUGGGUGGAACCAUUGGUUCCACCCAUAUUUAAUCAACCAUUGGUUCCACCGAUAUCUAACCAACCAUUGGUUCCACCGAUAUCUAACCAACCAUUGGUUCCACCUGUACCCCAUCAACCAUUGGUUUCACCCAUACCAUCAGGAUAUUUUCAGGUUAAAUUUCCGUUUCUAGAAAGUAACACUAAUGUCAGUCAAGAAUCCGAAAAAAAUAUGAUCGAUCAAGUUUUCAAUUCUAUGAGCAACUUCAAUGAUGUUUCAGGAAAGAAUAAUCACAAAAAACGUAAUCACGCACAUAAAUUAGAGGAACACCACCUUAACAAUACCUCUUUAUUAGACCAAACCUUCAGUAAUGCUUCACUUUAUGAAAAUGAAAAACUAAGAAAAAAAUAUGUAAAAAAAUUGGAAGAGCAAAGAGAUUUAAAUAAAAAUAGUAAUCCAAUUUUAACAAAACCAGAGAAAUUUAGUUCAAAUGAUAAGACACCAGGAUUUUCAGCAUCCUCUGUAUUUAACAUUAAUUCGGCAAACCCAGUAAAUAAAAGCGACCCAAACUAUGUUAAUUUUUAUCCUUUUCUUGGUUUACAUAUUGAAGACUUCGACAAAUACAAAAAUAACGAUGAAGAUGCAGAUGACAGCUCUUCAAAAACAAAAACUCCUUUUCUUCGUACUAAAAAAGUAAGAGAAAAAAAUAAACUUAGCAAUAAAAUAUUUCUCAGCAAUGAUCUAAAGCAAAUGCAAAAAGCAACCGAAAAAGACUCAAAACAAAUCACAAACUCCAAGGAAACAGAAGAAGACUUAAAUAUAUCAAAAACAAGCGACGAAGGUUCGAAAGAAUUAAUAAAAACGACUACAAGUGGGAUAAAGGAAACUGCAAUUACCAAAGAGGCUAGUAACAUUGUAGAAAAAAAACCACAAGAAUCAAACAGUGAUGGAAAUGAUAACAUCAAUUUUGAACAAAAAGAUGAUACAAAAAUUUAUAUAAAUGCGUUAGAAAAUAAAGAAGCAAAGCAAGACCAGUCUAAUACAGACACAGAGUUACAAAAUAUUGGGGAACAUCUUAAAGAUUUUCCACGAGCGCAUAAAGUUCUAAACAACGAAAUAGCUAAAGAGCAAAUUUUAAAAAAUAAAGAACGUAUUCAUAGUUUACUUCACCAAAAUUUAAAAGAAAAUUUCGGAUUUAUUCCUGAACUGACUACAUUAAAAAAAUUACAAAACCCAAAUAACAUGGAACAAACAGAUCUUCGCGUUGAAGAAAACCAGGAGAAUAAUGUUGCCAAAGUAAAAGAUGUAGUACCAACUAAACUUACAGAAAAUUUGUUUGACGACAAACAAACAACUUUGAGUUCAAACGAUCUGAAAGAUACUCCAGUUUUAAACCCAGAAGAGAAGGUAUCGUUAGCUGUAAGAGAAGAGAAGGUAUCGUUAGAUGAAAAGGUAUCGUUAGAUGAAAAGGUAUCGGCACCAGCUAUAAAUGACUCUGAUGAAACAAUUAAAGUUUCAUUAAACCCGGAGCAAAUAGGUUCUCUUAACCCAGAAAAAAUUGGCGAUUUUCAAAAUCAACCAAGUGACAACGAUUCUAAACCAACGGUAACCGGUACCAAAAAGAGUGUCAUAUUUGGAGAAAAAAAAGACAAGACACAGAGUUCAACAAAAUUUGACAAUAAAGAUAGCAAAAAACCUUUUAAACAUAAAUAUUCAAAACAAUAUUCAAAAAGUAAAGGGAAAAAGCAAACAAAAAAAAAACUAAAUCGUCAUCCUUUAUUGUCUGAUCACCACAAAAAUAAACACAAGGGCGUUUUCAUUACUCCAAAUUUUACCCAAUCAAAAUCGCUUAUAAAAACUUCUAAAGCAAAGAAAAAAAAAUCUCAUAAAAUUACAAGCAAAAACAAUGAAGUUGUUAAAAACAACAAACUCCAUUCAAAGCGAAAAUUAUCAAAGUUCGAAAAAGUUGUAAAAGAAAGCAUGGAUAAUUUGUAUUCGCGAAUUGACAGAGCAGUUUCGUUGAAACUCCAAAAAGAACAAAAGAAAACUAAUUAGCGAUUUCAAAAAUAAAAAAGUUAAAAAACUAAUACCGAUCAAAGAUUUUACUUUGUUAAAAAUCUUUAAAAUAGUUAAAAAAUACAAGCUUUAAUAUAAUAUAAACUUCAUGAGUUUAGU